UUGCCUGUCCUAUAAAGGUGUAGAUUCAUUGUACACUACUGAUCUUCGUCCACGAGGUGGCCCUGUUCAGUUGGAAGCGACUGAACUCCAGACGCACAAGCCUCUGAUUCGCUGGUUGGCUGGGACCUUGCCAAACGCGGAAGUGACGUACAAAGCGACCAUCCAGGCACUCUUUCGGUAUACACAGAGGAGCCCGUCAGCUGUAUGCAAUCGUCUGGGAUCUCACCGCGACCUACACACGGGCUGUCACCCAAAGAACAGAGUCAUGCCUCAUCUGUCUUUGCCCCUCUCGUCUCUCAAGGACUGUCUGCAGAAGGCGAAUGUUUUUUGUAACGUAUUACAGAGUUUACACCCCAGGCCGCUCAGGUCUCGCUUAUGGAAACGGAAUUUCGGUGCAGUAGCACAUGGAGUCGGUCAACUACUGUCACACCAACCCAGAGCCAAAAACUACGCAGCAUCAGUUUGCAGCAGCGCUUCAGACGGUCAGGACAUGACAGAGAGGCUGUGGUCUGUUUACAAUGUGACCAAAAGGCAGACUGAAGAUUUGAUCCCAGUCAUAUCCACCAACUCAGUCAACCCUGACACAAUUUUUGCCAACAAUGAGAUGAGCCUGCGAGACAUAGAGAUCUAUGGCUUCGACUACGACUACACCCUGGCGUUCUACUCCAGACACCUCCACACCCUCAUCUUCAGCAUAGCACGGGACAUCCUCAUCACUGAUCACAGGUAUCCAGAAGGUCUGCGGAAGUAUGAGUAUAUUCCUAAUUUUGCUGUAAGAGGACUUCACUAUGAUGUUCAGAAGGCACUACUGAUGAAGAUAGAUGCUUUUCACUACAUCCAGUUGGGAACUGUCUACAGGGGUCUUCAUCUAGUUCCUGAUGAGGAAGUAAUUGCCAUGUAUGAAGGUUGUCACGUACCUCUAGAAAUCAUGAGCGACUUCUAUGGCAAGAGUUCCCAUGGCCACACCAUGAAACAGUUCAUGGACAUAUUCUCCCUACCUGAGAUGACCCUCCUGUCCUGCGUCAAUGACUUCUUCAUGAGGCACAAUAUUGACUAUGAGCCAGUCCAUCUCUACAAAGACGUAAAGGAAGCCAUUAGAGAUGUUCACGUCAAGGGCAUUAUGUAUCGAGCUGUGGAGGCAGAUAUUGAGAAAUACAUUUGUUAUGGUGAGCAAACCCAUGCUGUGCUGAAGAAGCUGUCAGAGCAUGGGAAAAAGAUGUUCCUCAUUACCAAUAGCCCAUUUGACUUUGUGGACAGAGGAAUGAACUACAUUGUAGGGAAGGACUGGAGGGACCUGUUUGAUGUUGUGAUUGUUCAGGCCGACAAACCAGGUUUCUUUAAUGACAGGAGAAAACCUUUCAGGCGAGUGACCGACAAAGGUGCAUUGUUGUGGGACAGGAUUCACAGGUUGGAAAAGGGGCAGAUCUACAAACAGGGAAACCUUUAUGAGUUCCUGAGACUCACCGGCUGGCGAGGAUCCAAAGUGCUCUACUUUGGUGAUCACAUCUACAGUGACUUGGCAGAUCUGACGCUGAAACAUGGCUGGAGGACAGGCGCCAUCAUCCCCGAGCUGAGGAAGGAGAUCAAGAUCAUGAACACGGAGCAGUACAUGCACAUGAUGGCCUGGUUACAGGCUCUGACUGGACUUAUAGAACAGAUGCAGGUACACAGGGAUCCAGCAUCUCAAGCUGUCGUCGAGGAGUGGAUCAGAGAAAGAGAAGCCAUGAGGUCACAGACAAAGGACAUCUUCAACGGUCAGUUCGGGAGUCUCUUCCGGACAUACCACAAUCCCACCUACUUCUCACGCCGACUCUCACGCUUUGCUGACAUCUACAUGGCCUCCAUCAGCUGCCUGCUCAACUACGACUUCCAGCACACCUUUUUCCCUCGCCGUACUCCCCUGCAGCACGAGUCCCCCUUCUGGCCUGAACACAGUCCUACUGGUAUUAGUAUCUCCUCACAGCUCCACGGGACCAAAGCAGAGUCCGAUGAGCGAGAGGAAGACAGAGUUCAAACAUAAAGACUCAGAUUGAACGAUCUCCAUUGCUGACUCUUUUUUUUUUUCAAGUUUUGAGACAUGGCAUGUUAGGAGAUGCAUGCUACAUUUUAAAAUAUGUAUAAUUGGUAACAAUAACAUAAACUGUUGAUGUUUACUACUAUGCUACUAGUUAGUUUCAUACUUCCUCUCAAAGAAUACAGAAAACAGUAGAUGUUGUGCUUUUUAAGCCACAAGCCACAUGACAGAAUUUUGCUGUUUUCAUUUAAAUCAUUGACACCUUAUAUUUUACAUUUUUAUCGCACAGAAUUUGGAACAUUGAAUGCAUUGUUUUAGGUUUGCGCGUGUGUGUGUGUGUGUCUGUCUGUCUGUCUGUGUAUGAGAGAGGGGUAGUGAGAAAUUAUACAAAGAUGAUGCAUUUACACAGUCUAAACAAUAGGUGGCAGUCACACAUCACCAUGAAUCUUUGCAGUAUGAAUUGUACACCAUGUCUAAAGAUUGUCUUUUUUAUCUUUUGCAUCUGUGAAACUAUAGGAGACUGUCAGUGAAAUGGGAAUAUUCAGAUUACAAACUGUGUUGCCUUAAUCUGUUGUUCACAUUAUUGUAAUGUAUAUAUUUUUGUAAUAGCCUGAUAUAAUUUAUGGUAAUUAAGCUUUUCAAAUUUUGCCAGCCAGCAUCUUAGUUCAUUUCAUUUUGAACUGCCAAUUAUGAUUCACAUUGCACAUUUAUGUUCUGAGAUCUUUGUAUUUAAUUGUUUUAACCAGUUCCACACAACACAGCCUGUAUCAAUUUAGCAGGUGAGAAAAAAACAGAGCAUCAUUGCUAUAUUUAGCAUGAGUGUUGCUAUUUGAUCUGUGAAGGCAACAUUGGCUUUCAUGGGUUUGACACUUUUGCGGAAAAUGUGUGAGAUGUUUUCACAUGUACUGUAAGAAGGGUUUGAGAAGAAUAUAUUUGAUACAUAAUGAAAAACUCUAAAGAUUCUAGCUUAUUUUGAAAAAAUGGAAUUCCCAUCAGAAUCAGUGGCCACAACCAAGACCUCAUGGUUUAUUUGUGUUUCUGUAGUUUAAAAUAUUGAUUGAUUAAGUGUAUUUUUAUUUCACUAUUUAUUAAAGUGGAAAUGGCUUAA